GGGCCGGGCUGCCCGAUCAGCAGAUGCUGAGGCGAGAGAAGAGGGCCCCCCGCGGGAGGAUUCGCUUCACAGCGGUCGCCGGUCCGGCUUGGAGCGGACGCCCGUCUACGCGCGCACACACACACGCGGAUCUCGCCGAGGCCCCGGUGCAUUGAGUAACCAGUCAUGUCAGCCAAAGCCAUAUCGGAGCAGACUGGUAAAGAAUUCCUUUACAAGUUCAUCUGCACGAAGGCCGCCAUCCAGAACAGGUUCAAGUAUGCCAGAGUGCGACCGGAAACGGACUGGAACCUCCUGGUCCAAGAGCAUCCGUGGCUGCAGAACGAGCGGCUGGUGGUGAAGCCCGAUCAACUGAUCAAGCGCCGCGGAAAGCUGGGCCUGAUCGGGGUUAAUCUGGAUUUGGCCCAAGUGCAGGAAUGGCUGAAACCGCGGAUGGGGCAGGAGGCAACGGUUGGACGUGCCAAGGGUGUCCUCAAAAACUUUCUGAUCGAACCAUUCAUACCACACAAACAGGAGGAAGAAUUUUACGUGUGCGUCUACGCUGCCCGGGAGGGUGACUACGUCCUGUUCCACCACGAGGGCGGGGUGGACGUCGGGGAUGUCGACUCCAAGGCCUGCAAGCUGCUUGUCGAAGUGGACGGGAAGCUGAGCGAGCAGGACGUCUGCACUCACCUGCUGCAGCACGUGCCUGCGAACAAGAAGAGCAUUCUGGCAUCUUUCAUCGUUGGACUUUUCAACCUGUAUGAGGAUCUCUUCUUCACCUACCUGGAGAUUAACCCACUUGUUGUCACGGACUCUGCGGUGUUCGUUCUGGACAUGGCCGCAAAGAUAGACGCCACGGCUGAUUACAUCUGCAAGGGCAAGUGGGGAGACGUGGAUUUUCCGCCGCCGUUCGGGAGAGAAGCCUAUCCUGAGGCAACUUACAUCGCUGAUCUUGAUGCGAAGAGCGGGGCCAGUCUGAAGCUGACUAUUCUCAACCCCAAGGGCCGGAUCUGGACCAUGGUGGCUGGAGGAGGUGCAUCAGUUGUGUACAGCGACACGAUCUGUGACCUUGGCGGGGUGAACGAGCUGGCGAACUACGGCGAGUACUCUGGCGCCCCGAGCGAACAGCAGACCUACGACUACGCCAAGACCAUUCUGUCCCUCAUGACGAGGGAGCAGCAUCCCGAAGGAAAAAUCCUAAUUAUCGGAGGGAGUAUCGCCAACUUCACAAACGUAGCAGCAACGUUUAAGGGCAUAGUACGUGCGAUCAAAGACUACCAGACCCCCCUGCAGAAUCACAACGUCUCCAUUUUUGUCAGGAGGGGCGGACCCAAUUAUCAAGAGGGACUCCGUGUCAUGGGCGAAGUCGGAAAGACCACUGGAAUUCCGAUCCACGUUUUUGGUACAGAAACGCACAUGACCGCGAUCGUGGGAAUGGCCCUGGGCCAUCGAAGCAUUCCUGACCAGCCGCCCAUGGCCGCCCACACCGCCAAUUUCCUGCUGAACGCUAGUGGUAGUCCGUCGACUCCGGCCACCAGCAGAACGGCUUCCUUCUCUGAAGCAAAGUCCGAGGAUGCGAGCAGAGCAUCGACGAGCACCAAGUGUAACGUCCCUUGGGAAGGGAAGGCAAAGCAAGAAGAAAAAAGAGGUAAAGCCACCACACUAUUCAGCUGCCACACCAAGUCCAUUAUCUGGGGGAUGCAGACCAGAGCCGUGCAGGGGAUGCUGGACUUCGACUACGUCUGCUCCCGCGACGAGCCUUCCGUUUCAGCCAUGGUUUACCCAUUCACUGGUGACCACAAGCAGAAGUUCUAUUGGGGUCACAAGGAGAUCCUCAUUCCUGUCUACAAGAACAUGGCGGACGCCCUGAAGAAGCACCCGGAGGUGGACGUCCUCAUUAACUUCGCCUCCUUGCGCUCUGCGUACGACAGCACCGUGGAAACCAUGAGCUUCCCCCAGAUUCGAACCAUUGCUAUCAUCGCUGAAGGCAUCCCUGAAGCGUUGACGAGGCGGUUAAUCAAGAUGGCGGAUGAGAGAGGCGUCACCAUCAUUGGGCCUGCUACGGUCGGCGGCAUUAAGCCGGGCUGCUACAAGAUCGGCAACACGGGGGGAAUGCUGGACAACAUCCUGGCCUCGAAGCUCUACCGCCCCGGCAGUGUGGCCUAUGUGUCCCGCUCGGGGGGCAUGUCCAACGAGCUCAACAACAUCAUCUCCAGAACCACCGACGGCGUCUACGAAGGAGUCGCCAUUGGCGGCGACCGGUACCCAGGAUCCACGUUCAUGGACCACGUUUUGCGUUACCAGGACACACCGGGAGUUAAAAUGAUCGUCGUCCUUGGUGAGAUCGGCGGAACCGAGGAGUACAAGAUCUGCACGGGCAUCAGGGAAAGGAGAAUUACGAAGCCCGUCGUCAUUUGGUGCAUCGGUACCUGUGCGACAAUGUUUGCCUCGGAGGUACAGUUUGGUCACGCUGGUGCCUGUGCUAAUGAGAAUUCCGAGACGGCGGUGGCGAAGAACCAGGCCCUGAGGGAGGCCGGGGCCAUCGUGCCGAGGAACUUCGACGAGCUGGGAGAGACCAUCAAGAGCGUUUACGAUGACCUGAUUGCCAAGGGGGCGAUCGUGCCUGCACAAGAGGUUCCCCCGCCAACGGUGCCAAUGGACUACUCCUGGGCCAGAGAGUUGGGCUUGAUUCGGAAGCCUGCUUCCUUCAUGACCAGCAUCUGCGACGAGAGAGGCCAGGAGCUGAUCUACGCGGGGAUGCCCAUCACCGAGAUCUUCAAGGAGGACAUGGGCCUGGGAGGCGUCCUGGGUCUGCUCUGGUUCCAGAGAAGGUUGCCGAAGCACGCCUGUCAGUUCAUCGAGAUGUGCCUGAUGGUGACGGCAGACCACGGGCCAGCCGUCUCCGGGGCUCACAACACCAUCGUGUGCGCCCGGGCAGGGAAGGACCUGAUCUCCAGCCUCACGUCCGGCCUUCUGACCAUCGGUGACCGGUUCGGAGGCGCGCUGGACGCGGCGGCCAAGCAGUUCAGCAAGGCCUUCGACAGCAGCCUCAUUGCGAUGGACUUUGUCAACAAGAUGAAGAAGGAAGGGAGGCUGAUCAUGGGGAUUGGACACCGGGUGAAGUCGAUUAAUAACCCGGACAUGAGAGUGCAGAUACUGAAGGACUUUGUGAAGCAGCAUUUCCCAGCGACGCCUCUCCUCGACUACGCGCUGGAGGUGGAGAAGAUCACUACCUCCAAGAAACCAAAUCUCAUCCUGAACGUUGACGGCUUUAUUGGUGUUGCAAUGGUCGAUCUGCUGAGGAACUGUGGUGCAUUCACAAGGGAGGAAGCUGAUGAGUACGUGGAGAUCGGAGCUCUUAAUGGAAUCUUCGUUCUCGGCCGGAGUAUGGGUUUUAUUGGACACUACCUGGACCAGAAGCGACUGAAGCAGGGUCUGUACCGGCACCCGUGGGACGACAUCUCGUACGUCUUACCCGAGCACAUGACCAUGUGAACGCCAGGGGUGGCAAUGAAAGGGGUCUUGGUGCAGAAACAAC